ACGAGAGUCAACGGACAGGCCGUCCAUUGAGAGCCACACCACACACGCGGUCGGGGAAAGGGAUGGCGGAUAUCAGUGGCGGACACUCGGCGUCGUCCACACAGUCGUCGUCAUCGCAGCCGCCGGUGAGCACCGGGAGUACCGCCGGCGCCGCCAAUCAUAACAACAAACCUCAGGCGCACUACAAGAGCGAGACGGGACUCAUCGACGACUUCGACUACCCUUUCUGUGAUGAUGUCUCCAAGUAUGAGAAGCUCACCAAAAUUGGACAGGUGUACGGUCAGAGUAGGACAUGCUUUGUAACACCCUUCCCCUCCAACUCUUGUCACUCACCCAAAAAACGCCUGUCCUUUGCGGUCAGUCCCAAGUCAGUGCCCCCCACAGACCUCCCUUUCCUCUACACCGUAACGCCUGUCCAUACAAAUGAGUUGUGCGACACUCUCGUGGGGGGUAUUGUGUACCUCGUAAGAGCACCCAUACGCACGUUCGGUGAGGUGUUCAAAGNUUUGUUUUGA